AGUUGCUUAAUUUUGUUUGUGCGUGACUAUGAAACAUUUGCAGGUCAUAUCAACCAUUCUAUUUUCUGGAAAAAUCUAGCUCCUGUUCGUGAAGGAGGUGGUGAACCACCCAAGGGAUCAUUGGGAUGGGCUAUUGACACACAUUUUGGCUCCUUUGAUGCAUUGAUACAAAAAGUUAAUGCAGAAGGUGCAGCGCUACAGGGGUCUGGAUGGGUGUGGCUUGGUCUAGACAAAGAGUUGAAGAGGCUUGUGGUUGAAACUACUGCCAACCAGGACCCACUGGUUACUAAGGGACCAAAUUUGGUCCCAUUGCUUGGUGUUGAUGUAUGGGAGCAUGCAUAUUACUUGCAGUACAAGAAUGUUAGACCAGACUAUCUGAAGAACAUUUGGAAAGUUAUUAAUUGGAAAUAUGCCAGUGAAGUGUAUGAGAAAGAGAGCUCUUAAGUGCUACUUGAUAUAGUACUUGAGGCGACAGAUUUGCAGCUCGGUAAGAAAUGGAAUAAAAUGAUGUGAUGUAAUAGAUAACACCAACUAUUUAUGUAGUUGUACUGAAGAAUCUCGAGCAUUAUAUGGCUGCAUUUCUUGUAAUUGUCAUGUCUUAUGGAUUUUCUGAUGUUCUGUUAAGAUACUAUUCGUGUCCAGUGAUGUAUACCUUUUGCUUCUAGGGUGUGAUCCUUUUAUUCGAAUAAGUAGUAGAAUUCUGAAAUUCAAGCCAGAUAUAGUUUCAUCAA